UUCAAGUUUCCUUGCACAAUCCAGCCUCCAAGCCAAGAUGUUCGGCUUACCAAGCACGAAAAGUGUUCGACGAGAAGAACUCCUCUCGCGCGACUCCGCGUCUCCUUCUCCAUCCCCGCCACCGGACUCAGCAGCUGUUCGCGAUGGCCACGAUAUCCUUGGCAAAUUGUUGAAUCUUGACGCCUUAUUACAGCCCUCUGAGAAUACUGAGUCCACAACGGCAGAACCAGAGGCACAAAAUCAAGCUCAGGAGGAAGAAGAGCAGGAAUUCGAGUUCCGACUCUUCAGCAGCGCCCCCUCGAAGCAGACGACAAGUUCCGCCUCAAAACCGCUCACCACAAAGACAUUGUCUCCUUCAGAUCCUACAGAAACCAGUACAGAAUCACAGAAGGCACAGAACGGAGUCCAGAAACUACGGAUUCGACUACGCUCGCCGACACCCGUUUCCGGCGCACAGGGGGAAGGACGGUUCGUGCACCCGUUCCGCGGAUGGGAGUAUUAUUUCUCGACACCGACGUUAUAUGCCGCGCCAGAGACGGAGCUCACACAGGCGGCUGCCGCGUUGAAACGAAAACAGUUCGAAGACGUGGCAGUUUGUGGUCAGGAUUUAUUCAAUUGGGCCAAGGUUCCUUGGCCUGGCUGUGAUUUACCAUGGCGAGUCAUUCAUCUUAAACGCGAACAUACCAAGCUGCCCCCGGCAUCAAAGGACGCAGCACUAUACACCAUCCACCCGUCGCCCGUGACGCCGUCGCCGAAGACACGCAAGAAGCCGGGCAAGAAGCGACGUAUCCAGCUGCGCAAGCGGGCAGUCGCGGCGCAGGUGGCCAAGGAGACAGAGGCGGAGAAACGCAAUCGGAAGAACCGCGAAAGGAAGAUCAAGCGACGGCAGAAGGCGAGGGAGGCAAAGGCUACUGCUGCGCUGGCGAAUGGCCAGGAUCCGGGGGCCAUCGAUGAUGCUCAGAGUGUCGAUGGUUCCUCGGUGGACGGUUCUUGAUGUCGUGUCGGGAUAGACAUGGCUAUAUGAUACCCUAUAAUCGAAUGACUUCCUCGAAUACUAGCAAGGAAUGUACAUCCAAAGCUACGAGCUGUUACUGGGAACCUCUCACUAGUAUCUUCUUGCAUUCGACAGAACGGCAUAGUAUUUCAUUCCAAUAUGUCUCGAUAAAUCUAUGGCAGUGCUUUGCUACUGCCUCAACUCAAUAGAUUAAUGAUAGUACUUG